AUGGCACUGUUAUUGCACAAGUCGUGCAACAAGCGUAAUUCUGAAGAUCAAAAUCUCGCUGAACUUGCAAUCCACGAGGACACCGAUGAUGAAGAUCAAACUGAGUGUGAACGUACCGUGUUGUGUUUUGAUUCCGAUAGUUCUGAAGACCACAUGAAGAAUGGAGUAGAGUUAGUGUCUGGAGUCCCUGCACUCUCUCCACUUACUGCCCAGGCUCCCUUUUUAGUGACGCAAUGUGACAACGCGGUAAAGGACAUGGAGCCUGCAAUAAACGACGAUCAAUUAGAUUUUGUCCUAAGUUCGGGCAGCGAUUGUGAUGUUGAAAUCGACCAGCGAAUAAUUGUCGAACCUUUAAAUCACCGUCUUCCCCCAAAGCUUGAUACGUCUGUAUCUACUAAGGCUGUGCAUACUGGGCCGGUCAGUGUUCUGGAGCUGCCUUCAAAAAGGGAACUACGGUGCGCCUUGUCUUCUCGCUUGGCAACACGCCUACGGCGUAUUCAGUCCGAUAGGGUCAUUUGGCAACAUUCUCGCUCAAACUCUUCAGAUGUUUGCAAAAAACACCCACAGGCUGUUUUCAGUGCACAGUCAGUUUUCAUUCAGUCCCCGUCUCGUACCGUCAGUGGCCACGUCAUAAUCAAUUCAUCAGUUGGCGAAGUUCUCAUUCUCUCCACCGCACUGUUUACCGAUGCCCAGUGGACUCUUUUAAAGGAAGCAGCUUUGUUUGCAUGUUCGCUUGUCAUCACAUUAACGGCUCCGUGAGCAGAAACCGCCGGAACCGAGGUCGUCUUCACCAGAAAGGAUUUCGACCAUGUGCAGUUGUUUCCAAACAAACCUGAUCGACUUCUCAUCGCAAGUACCGUGGCCAUUUCUUCUUGUCCGCAACCUGAAAUGUGGCCCCGGGCGGAAUUUGCAGUGAAGGCUUCAAUAUUCUUCCCUAUUUUCCAGAUCCGGCUGACAACUCUUGGUCCACUUGCAAGUAUCGUUUCGGCUUUAAAAUUUGCAUUUAUGGUGAAAUUCGCUGGUGGUGGCUUGUCCGUCUUUCUAUUGCCCACCUCGAUCUGCUCUCCGCAGCAAUGCAAAGAGUCCGAAUCAUUGGUCAAGUCAUCGCACGAAUUAUCAUUCCUGAGUCCAGGCUGCGUUUACAGCAUAAAGUCCCUUCCUACUGCUCUGAGCAUUGUUGACAAAAAAAUAGGCAGAAAAGUUCGUGAACUGUGGGUUACUUUUGCUGAAAUUCUGCGGGGAGACGACAGACUUAGCCAAUUCAUAUACCCAGACGACUCAGAAUACCCACCUUGUUUGGUGCUGAAAACUUCUGAGAAAUUCCAACUGUCUCUGCAAAUGUCCGUUUUUUCGGAAAACAUUGUCUUCCCCCUCUACUCCCCCAUGCUUCAGCCGAAUUCGCGUUGCUCAUUGAACGGGAUCCUUCUCCAUGAGUUUCCGUCGGGUUCGGGCAUUGCUGAAAAGGUUUUGGCCUUGGCAAGAAGCACCUGUGGCAAGAAAGGUAUCUCGGGCGCAUUUGUGAUCAUCUCGGGUAGCAUGGCGUCGGGGUUGGCCUCUCGUGUCCACCACCCGCCUACCCCACAGUUGGUGGUGUGCACUUCGGAUGCGGCCACCCCCAUAACGCUCCUCACCACUUCGAACCACCUCUCCCCUUGUCCAGCCAUUGCCUACGGCCAACACCGCAGUUGUCGAGUUCGAUUGUCUAUCGCCGGUGCCAUUAUCACCAGUGGCUUCUUUGUCCUGGACGCAUUCAGUCGCAUUGAGUUGCUUGACGUUGACCUUCUUCCAGUAACGAGCGGCAAAUGCAUUCGACACCAUUCCUUCCCCCCAGCAUUUGACCAUUCAAGACCUGACGGCCUGCUUAAUUUAAGCCUCAUAACAACCUCAGGUGUGGUCGUCGGCGUUGAUUCUUCUGCUUCUCAGGUGUGGCCGCUGUGUCCAGGCUGUCUCUCGGAUGAGCUGAAGCACCCGCUUGAUAAAGUGGCGGCUACAGCACUGGAAUGUAGUCGUUGCCAGGCCAAAAUUGAUAAACCGUUUCACGCAAUGGAGGUCGUUGUUGAACUAGGCGUUGACGAGCAGACUGACUCGGUUUGCUCCAUUCAAUCGGACGCGAUGCAACGUCGGUGUGUCAAGGUUUGCAUGUUACCUUCACAAUUGGCAGAAAUGGUUUGCCUCUCAGAAGCCCAACUUCUUCAGCCUUCACUUGUCAAUCCAAACUGCCUGAUUGGACGGCCAGUGGAUUUUCUCUUGGGAACAUUAAUAAUGUUGCCAUCGGUUCGAGGUUCACAAGAUUUCGCACACCAAUGCCAAGCCGUUAUUGUUCAAUUGCCCUCCAAUUUGCUAACAUCACUGGCACACAGCGUGACAUCCGUCCCCUGCUGA